AUGCCCCCCUACAAGGUCUCCGCCCACAAGCUCAGCGUCUCGACCACCGCAUGUCACCACCAGGUAACAGUGGACAUGUGCCCAGAGCCGGUGUCAUACCAGCUACCACGGCGCUCCGACCGUGUGCUCACGACCCACAUCGUCGGGCUCCUGUGCAGCUGCGAUGACAUGAUGGGCCGGCUCACAUUCGAGUCGGCCCCAUUCAACACCUACCCCGGAAUGCUCGCACGAAUCCACUUUGCGCACCUGAACACACUCGAACUCACUCGCUGCACCGGCACCGGCCCCUGGCUGGACGUUCUCGAGCGGCUCGCCUUUCCGCAGCUCGUCCAGCUCUCGCUGAUUGGCAGCUAUGUGAACAUCAUCCGUCUCACUGAUGUCAUCACUGCAAGUGACCACAUCUGCCAUGACAUUGGCACCCUCCACCUCUAG